AUGCGGCGCACGCCACAUAGAAAGAUGACUUGGAGUGAGCAAUAUACAAGUCUCGUAAACUUCAUUCCUCUGACACAGAGACGAACACUGAUUAGGUGUACAAAACUGGAAAGACGGGUUCGAACGACGCUUUUCAUCGGGAGCACACUAAUCGGAAGUACAAAGGGCUUGACUGGUAUAUACCGAUGUACGGUCAAUUUUCAAGAAACGGUUCGAAUAGUCAAGGUGCAUUUCCUCUGCAAUUCCUUCGAUCCGGGUCCUUUACGAAAACCAAUAGCCUUCCAUCGCACAAGUGGUCAAUAG